AUGCACGGGUAUGCUAUUAUAGGGUGCGUCCUCAACUGCCGCUCCCUCGUUUUCAGUUGCCUUUUGGUUGAACAUUUCCAACUUCCUCUCAGACAUGCGCCACAAGAGCAACGACACCAUCAAAGAUCAAAGCUUUUUGCCUCUUGGAGAUCUCAGAUCAUCGGCGCCCAAGAACAGGAGAUGCAAAUUAGUCAGUCGAUGACAUUGUGAAGACGAUCAUCUGCAUCUGAUCUUUCAAGACAAGUGCCGCUGGGGUCGCAAUUUAUUUGUUCAUCAGGCUGUUGGGUUUUCUUGCCGGUUUGAUCGGUUUGGAUCCGAUCGGGAGGGAUCGAUGGGCGGCCCUCCGCAGAGGCAGCAGCCGGAUCAGGCGCGGCCGGCGGGGAGCGCGUGCGUGUGGGUGGUGGCGGUGCUCCUCCUCCUCGCCGUGCUUGCCGGCGGCGGUUGCCUGGUGCUCUACCUCACGCUGCCCCCGGCCGACGUGCCGCCCUGGCUGCCGGCCGCCGGCCUCGCGCUCGUCGCGCUGCCCUGGGCGUUCUGGAUCGCCACGUGCGCGUACCGGUGCUGCUGCUCUUCGGACGCGGCGGCGCCGGCGCCGGCGAGCAACGUGGAUCGGCAGGCGUCGUCGCGGAUGGCCGUGGCGCCGGCGCCGAGCGGCACGAGCCUCAAGGGCGCGCGCAGCGCGAGGCACGCCGCCGACGGGAGGUCCCCCACCGCCAGCAGCGCGGCGCGCCGGGUGCGGUUCGGCGAGACCACCGUGCUCGGGGAGGACCGCGCCGCCGCGGGGGACAAGGACGACGACGGCUCGUCGGUGCACUCGAACGAGAGCGAGGCGGCGCCCCUCGCCUACAAUAUGCAACCCUCGUCGUGAUGCCUUGUCCCACACCACAGCAUGUAGUUCAGCGUUAGGACGAUGUCAGAAGAUGGAGACGCAAGUGAUCUUCAGAUGCGCUGACCGAAAGAUAAUCUUUCAUGCAGAGCCAGAUGUCUGCAUCCUUGAAGCACUGUGCAUAGCUAGAACCUAGAUGGCUGAAGCCCCCUGUAGUGUAGGAAAUGCAGUAUGCUCUCUUUAGCAGUUUAUUAGAUGGUAAAUCGAUCGUGAGGCCUAGAAUAGGGUCAGAGGGUCAGUUCAAUCUUUCAUUCAUCACCGAGGUCCUUUUUCAGAGGAAUAUCUGCACGAUCUCGAUGAAAGGUGAAAUUGCCUGUCCUGCAAAAAAAGAUUACCUACAAUUUGUUCGCAAAAAUUUGUAUGCAUGCUCUGUUUCCCAA